AUGACGAACGUGAGCAAACCAUCAUCCACUUCAGAUGGAACCGUGCGGCAAACCAUCAUUACCAACUUGGAGGCGCCACGCCUGGAAGGAGUGGCGACCAAGUAUUUUACAGCAUUCUUGAAGAAGAGAGAUCUUUACGAGAAACAGCUUGCUGAGAAAAAUCGUGAGCCCGGUGUUCACAUAACCCCGACGUCCUAUCGUGCUUCGAUCGACGACUCUUAUCUCCGAAUUUUCUUGACCGCCAAGUGGAUUAAGGCGGAGUCCCUAGAAGCCAUUUCAGAGGAACAGAUCAGAGAAUGCGUAAAAGAGAAGGCUUCCUAUAAACUCGAGGAGUAUGAGCUUGACCGCAUUGACAAUCUUGUCAAGGAUGUGAAGAUGGACAUGUCUCUCAAAGAAGCGGAGGAUCGGGUGUGGAGUCUGCAUCUUCGUUAUCUGGAGGUCCUAGAGGCGGCCGGACUGGCUGAUUUACCAACCAGGAAGCCUCAUAUUGCAAUCAAACACAUCCUCAAGCGCAUCAAGCCGUUUCGUCUGCGCAGCCGCAUUCGAUCAAUUCUACAGUGGCGCAAGGGUGAAGACUUUGGCAAGAAGGACUUUGGAGCUUUCAUGCGCGUGUUGGCCGAGCAGGCAAAGACCCUCGAGAUGGAGCAGGUAUCCCGUGAGCAGCAAAUGGCCUCGAGCAGCGACUCGGACCGCUCGUCCGAGGAAUCGAGCGGAAAGCACGAUAAGCGUCAUCGGGUUACAAAGAAAGGCAAGAAAAGCCGUCGUGGCCGACGUGGCGACGCCAAGCGUGGCGUCAGCUCGGGCCAGGAUAAACACCCCAAGGACAGCCUGUCGAGCACUGAAAGCAAGAAACGUAGGAGUUUUGCUCCGAAGUGCUUCAACCCGGCUUGUGACGGGUAUCAUUUUAUAGAUGAUUGCCCCAUCUCGUCGGAAGAGCAGAGGCGCAGGUACAAGGAUGAAUACCGUGCGCGUAAACAGCGAAAGAUGAGGUUUGAUACGGGGUCCGGGUCGGCCGACAGGCAGAUUGGUCAACGCAAAGGUAGUGUCCGUCGCAUCGGCGCAGAUGCCAUAGACCCCCAUUCGUCUUUGUUCAGUGCUACUUUUAUCGACAGUGCCGUCGAGAGUGUGAUUAUGGCCGACCAAGGGUCGGACGGGAACAUCAUGCCUCCAGCUGUUUUUGACAUGAUCGCUGAAGCGGCCUCCAAUUUGCACGUCGCCUCUUUGGUGCCGCCGCAUACAUACUCUUUCGUGGAUCAGGACAGGGGGCUGACAUGUCGCCGGAGUAUGACAGCCGAUGUACACCUCCGCAUCAGGCACGGGGUCAAGUUGGUCCUCCGAAACAUCACCUGGAAGGUCAGCGACCAGCCCGCUGAGUGCGUCAUCAUUGGUCGAGAGGUUCUCCAGGCAAUUGGUUGUGACAACAAGGCCAUGCUUCAGGCGCGUGCAACAAGCACGAUGGCGUCAUAA